AUGUCUUCUUCGGAAAUACGAUUUCAAGGACGCACACAAGGAGGCGUACUCGCUAAACAGACAGAUCAGCUCGUAAACGGGAAGAGACAAAAACGUCAUCUCGAAUUUAUGGACAAUCUUGAAGCUUUCGGUCGGAUGUAUGAUAUUACAGCUCAAUAUGUACUGCACUUUGAAUCAGCUGCAGUUCAUUCAGAUUUGUUUCCCUGUAAACAGCUUCUGGAAUUCGGGUUGGAGGUGGAAUAG